GAGUUUGGGACAGGAGGCUGUCAUGUCUUUUUCUCCUGACGUCUUUUCUUCUGCUGCUCAGCAAGGGGGAGAGAAUGUGCCCAGCAAGUUGUCGCUGCGAAGGAAAGAUUGUUUAUUGUGAGUCUGGCAUUUUUCAAGACAUUCCAGAAAACAUCUCUACUGGAUGCCAGGGUCUGUCCCUGCGCUUCAACCGCUUAGCGACUCUGCUGCCGUACCAAUUCGCUCAUCUCAACCAGCUCAUCUGGCUCUACCUGGACCACAAUUCCAUCACCGCCAUAGAUAGCUUAGCCUUUCAGGGCGUGCGUAGGCUCAAAGAACUGAUUCUUAGCUCCAACAAGAUCACACUUUUACACAAUAAGGCUUUCAAUGCUGUACCAAACCUGCGCAAUCUUGAUUUUUCCUACAACCAGCUACACUCUUUGCAGCCAGGUCAUUUCUAUGGUCUGCGUAAGCUCCAAAACCUUCACCUACGGUCCAAUGGUCUCAGCAGUAUACCUGUACGGACUUUUCUGGAGUGUCGCAGCCUAGAGUUCCUGGACCUGGGUUACAAUCACCUACGCACCCUAUUCCGCACCACCUUCUUGGGGCUGUUCAAGUUGAAAGAGCUUCAUCUGGAGCAUAAUCAAUUUUCAAGGAUUAAUUUGUUUCUUUUCCCACGCCUUAGCAAUCUACAGGUCCUCUACUUGCAAUGGAACCGGAUACGAUCCGUUAAUCAGGGCCUGCCAUGGAUCUGGCAUACACUGCAGAAAUUAGACCUCUCAGGAAAUGACAUCCAGAUCCUGGACCCAGCUGUUUUCCAGUGUAUGCCAAACUUACAAAUACUCCAUCUUGAAUCCAACAAGCUGAGCAACAUGUCUCAGGAUGUGAUUUCAGCCUGGGUCUCCCUCACCACCAUCAGCCUGGUGGGUAAUGCCUGGGACUGCAGCCCUACCAUCUGCCCCCUGGUGACCUGGCUGAAGAACUUUAGAGGUUCAAAGGACAUCAAAAUUAUAUGCAGCAGCCCCAAGUCAGUUCAGGGAGACAGAGUAAUGGACAUAGUGAGGAACUACACAGUCUGUGUGAACAUAUCAGUUGAAGAGCAAACCACAGCUAUGAUCAUGAGGCAAACCACAGCCUCAGUUGUGGACAUCAAAAAGCCUACCACACCUCCUCCUUCCACGACCACAACAACCCAAGAUAUAUCUGCAUCAACAGUACAAAGACUCACUCCACAACCUGUCUCUCCCAUUGUGACAGAAAAAGACACAAGGGAGUCCAUACUCAUGACCUCAAUCUCUCCAGAAUCCUCAUCAUUUUCCCCAGAACUAGAGUUUGAGCAUAUGGCCUUCCAUAAAAUCAUUGCAGGCAGUGUAGCCCUAUUUCUCUCUGUGUCAUUGAUCCUGCUGGUAAUUUAUGUCUCAUGGAAGCGCUACCCCAAUAGCAUGAGGCAGCUGCAGCAGCACUCAGUCAACCGCAAGCACAGAAAAAAGGCCCGGAAGCAGAAGCUUAACCUUAACUCUCAGUUACAAGAGUAUUAUUUGACUUAUACAAACUCUCAGACCAUGGAUGCAUUGGUAAAUGAGACAAGGGCCUACACCUGCACAAUCUCAGGAUCCAGAGAAUGUGAGGUAUGAUCCGCCAACUCCAUCCUAAAAACACACUCUCCAGCUGCUUGGGAGUCAGGUAAAUGUUUUCCACAGGGAUGCACUGUAAACCUCUCUGAGCGAAUGGAGACUGAGUUAAAUAUCCAUCCUCUGUUUGACUCUGUUCUCACUGUUGUUUUAAAUUAACGUUAUCAAUCCUAAAAACAUACUGUACAGCUGCUUGGGAGUCAGAGGUCAAUGUUUUCCACAGCGAUCCACUGUAAACCUCUCUGAGCGAAUGGAGACUGAGUUAAAUAUCCAUCCUCUGUUUGACUCUGUUCUUACUCUUGUUGUAAAUUAACGUUAUCACAUUAGAACAAAGUGAUUGAAUAUAUUAAUCCUGUUUGUGAGUAUAAACCUAAUUUAUAUCUGCACAUUUAUUACGGUUAUCUGCUGUUGAUUACAAAUGACCCUGCUUUUCACUUUUGUUAUCCUUGGAUGAUAUUGAGAUCUUAUUGUACUUGUAUAAAUGCAACUCAUACAUGUUAUGUGUAGUUUUUUAUCUUUAGCUUUUGUUCAUUUUAUGAAAUUAUAUGAUCACCGUGUAAUUUAAUUGUCAUUAAACUUGUGAAUGGUAGUUACUAAAUAAUGGGUGUCAGAAACAUAAUUGCAAGAUUAUGUUCCUGUUUUUGAUCUUCAUACUAUACCAAUGUAGCAAAAAGUCCAACAGCAUUA